AUCAUUAUUUGUAUUAAGUUUUUAUACAUUCAGAUGAUAUUCUGUAUGUAUUUAUAGUAUAUAUUACUUUAAAAGAUAAUUAGAAAUAUACUAGAAGCAGGCUAGUUUUGCGUAUACGUUACUUUGGUCAAGAAUUUUAUGAACAUUCCCGUAACGAAGUUUAAAGGAACAAAAAAUUAAACUUAUAAUUUACUUAUUAUUCUUUCCUUUCCUUUUUCUUUAUACGAAUCACUGUAAAAAAUUAGCGUGAACGAAGCACGGAUAAUUCAAAAGUAUAAAGUUGACGCCACUGUAGAUGCAACAGACUAUACGCGCAUAAAUUGCGCACUGACGUCACGCUCAGUGCCCGGAACCCGGAGACAUGCUGUUAUCGUGAGGAUACAAUGUGGUGUCUUAACCUUUAAAGCGAAGUUUUUUAACAUUUAAAGUAACAGUUAUAAUUGAACGUAACAAAAAUGGGUUUGUAUAAUUUUAAAAAGAUCGCUGUUGUUCCUACUGCAAAGGACUUCAUCGAUAUAAUAUUAUCAAAAACACAACGUAAAACUCCAACCGUUGUCCACAAGAAUUAUAAAAUUACAAGGAUACGUGCUUUUUAUAUGCGUAAAGUGAAGUUUACGCAACAAAAUUUUCACGAUAAACUAUCUCAAAUAAUUCAAGACUUUCCCAAGUUGGACGAUGUUCAUCCCUUUUACGCAGAUUUAAUGAACGUGUUAUACGACAAAGAUCAUUAUAAAUUGGCUCUAGGACAAAUAAACAUAGCGCGGCACUUGAUCGAUAACGUCGCAAAGGAUUAUGUUCGUUUGAUGAAGUACGGAGAUUCCCUGUAUCGAUGCAAACAAUUGAAAAAAGCAGCCUUAGGCAGAAUGGCCACUGUGAUGAAAAGGCAAGCCGCAAAUUUAGCAUACCUGGAACAAGUUCGUCAACAUUUGGCUAGAUUACCUAGUAUAGAUCCCUAUACAAGAACCAUAAUAAUAUGUGGUUUUCCAAAUGUUGGUAAAAGCAGUUUUCUAAACAAGAUCACACGUGCCGACGUUGAAGUUCAACCGUAUGCAUUUACAACGAAAUCGUUAUACGUCGGUCAUACGGAUUAUAAAUAUUUAAGGUGGCAAGUAAUCGAUACACCAGGGAUUUUAGAUCACCCGCUCGAAGAGCGGAACGUAAUCGAGAUGCAAGCGAUAACCGCGCUCGCGCAUUUACGCGCGGCUGUACUUUACUUUUGCGAUAUAUCGGAACAGUGCGGUCAUAGUUUGGAAGAACAAGUAAAACUGUUCGAAUCCAUUAAACCGCUGUUCGCUAACAAACCAUUAACGGUAGUGAUGAAUAAAGUGGACGUUUUGCGCGUAGAAGAACUUCCAGACGAAAAACGAACAAUUUUAAAGUCAUUAGAGGCGAACGAUGUUCCCGUACUAGAAACGAGUACAAUCACAGACGUUGGAGUAAUGGACGUUAAAAUACAAGCUUGCGAGCGACUUUUAGCUUUCCGGGUCGAUCAGAAGAUAAGAACGAAAAAGGUCGAAGGAUUGCUUAAUCGUUUACACGUGGCACAACCAACACCGAGGGACGACAAGGUCCGCGCUCCUUGCAUUCCAGAGAGCGUUUUGAAAAAGAAGCAAGCAAUGGAGGAACGAUCGAAGACGAAACGAAAAUUAGAGCGAGAAAUAGAGGAAGAAAUGGGAGACGACUAUGUACUCGAUCUGAAAAAGAAUUACGAUAUCGAGGGUGAUCAGAAAUACGACGUAAUUCCAGAAAUAUGGGAAGGUCAUAACAUCUAUGAUUACAUCGAUCCAGAAAUAUACGAGAAAUUGAAUGAACUGGAGAGAGAAGAACAGCUGCGGGAAGAAGCGGGCAUGUACGAUUAUAAGGUACCCGAAUUGUCGGAAACUAUGCGCGAUAUCGUACAGAUGGCUAAGCAAAUUCGAGAAAAGAAAGCCAUUAUGAAGGACGAAGCGCGGAUCGUAAAGGCUUCCACGAAACCUGUAAUACCGCGCACAGUUACGGCUAAGGGACGCGAUAGAUCCGUAUCGAAAUUGAAAGAACAAAUGGAAGACUUGGGUAUCGAUAUGCAAGACAGCGAAAACGCACACUUCACCAGAACCAGAGGACGUUCAAGAUCGUUGUCUCAGCCUGCUAGGAAGCGUAUGCGAUUGGAAUCGGUGUCUCGAUCACGCGCUCGGAGCAGUUCGAGACCGGCCCGCGACGAAAUGGGUGUGAAGGACGUCACGAUGAAAACGAAAUUAAAGAAUAUCGCGCACAAGGCAUUAAAGAAGAAGAUCGCAAAGAAGGGUUUGAAAGGAGAAGCGGAUCGAUUCAUCGGUACGAAACUGCCGAAACACUUGUUCUCGGGGAAAAGGGGUAUCGGCAAAACGGAUCGAAGAUAAUUUUUUACUCGACGAAUGGUCGUUAUUAUUAUUGUCGUUGGAGCAUUUUCUCAGAAAUUUUCGUAAAUGUCUGUGUCGAUUUGGUCACUCGAAUAAAGAAGAGCGUUUAACGGAA